GUAUUUAUUUAUUUAUAAUUUUUUCACUCUUUGUCCUCCAUACUGCAGCCUCCUUAUACUCACUUGUAAAGCAGUGAGCGGCUUCUGUCUCCAGUACAGCAGGAGGCGCUGCAGCUCUUCAGUCCGGAGAUAAACUCACGAAAGAAAGAAAGAAAGAAAGAAAGAAAGAAAGAAAGAAAGAGCGCGCGUGUGAUGUGUUUGUGUAUCCUCGGUGUUUUUCUCUCUUGCGUGUUUCAUUGAGUGUAAACAGAGUUUUGUCUCUGUGUAUUUUAGUGUUGAGACGUUGAUGAUGGGAUGGGAUUUAAAUCAGUAGGAACUGAUCUGUCCAUGCUGGAUAUAUUGAUGAUUUCAUCACAGAAAACUCUCAGCUGAAGAAGAGGAGAUUUAUCAAUGAAUCGAGAGGAUGUGGAUUGUUGUGAAUCUUCAGUGUAUGUGACUGAUGAUGGGAGUCUGGAUUCAGUGUGGAUGAGCAGAGAUCAGAGCCGCACACCACAGCCACUGCUGGAGUCUAAACUCUCUGAAGAGAAAUCCAGACACACACAGGACUCCGAUCUCAGUCUGACUUUACUCUGUUAUACUGAGUCAAAGCCCACAGAAACUCAGGACACUACAGUGUGUGACAGUAAACAGAGCUUACAGGAGGAUCAAACCUCCACAGAGUCUCUGGAUUCUGUCUGUAACGCUGGAGAACAGCAGCAGAUCCUGCAGACCAAACUGAAGAUGUGUUCAGUUAAACUCAUCGACUGCAUGAACCUCAUGAUGAAGAUUAAAACUGAACCCACAGAAAUCAAAACUGAACCCACAGAAAUCAAAACUGAACCCACAGAAAUCAAAACUGAACCCACAGAAAUCAAAACUGAACCCACAGAAAUCAAAACUGAACCCACAGAAAUCAAAACUGAACCUAAAGAAAUCAAAACUGAACCCACAGAAAUCAAAACUGAACAUAAAGAAAUCAAAACUGAACCCACAGAAGAGGAAGAUCGCACUGAUGAUGACGAUGAUGACUUUAUUUCAUCAGAUGUGAAGAGUGAUUCAUGUUUGGAUAUAGAAAUAACGUCCUCAACAUCAAAAGAGCGACUGACAGCACAAACUCUUUCCUGCAUCACCUGUGGAAAGACAUUCAGCUCACAGAGACAUUUAGAGAGACAUGAGAGAAAACACACAGAACAGAAACUCUUCACCAGAUCUGAGAUCAGCUUUACUACCUUACAAGAGAAGAAACUUCAUUCAGAAGACCACAGAGAGAAGAAGAAGAAGAAGAAGAAGAAGCAGUUUCACUGUGAGCAGUGUGGGAAGAUUUGUGUCUCUUCCUCUAAUCUAAAUGAUCACAUGAGGACACACAGUGGUGAAAAGCCUUUCAACUGCACUGAAUGUGGAAAAUACUUCAGAACCAAACAAAAUCUUGAUAUUCAUCAGAGAGUUCACACAGGUGAAAAACCUUACGAGUGUCCUCACUGUGGGAAGAGUUUUAGUGUAAAUGCUGCCUUACUAAGGCACCAGAGACUUCAUACAGGUGAAAAACCUUUCAAAUGCUCUCAGUGUGGCAAGACGUUUGCUUGUUCAAGUAACUUAAAAAACCACGAAAGAGUUCAUACUGGAGAGAAACCUUAUCACUGUAGUGUCUGUGGAAAGAGUUUUGGACAACGGGCUACAUUACUAAAUCACAAGAGAAUUCAUACAGAAUUCGCCUUUCAAAGCCUACAGCGAACGGCCGGUUUGGACUACAGACCUCUACUUCCUGUUUUAAUGACUACAAUAGAACAGUUUUUGACUAAACCCCGCCCACAGGAAUAUGUCAGUCGCCAGCUAAGCUAACGACAAGCUAAUCAGCCCGUUUAGAGGACAGUGAAAACAGCGCUUUAGAGAUAAGUAAAUUAUGUGACCUCUAAGCACAAGAGAUUCCAUACAGGUGAAAAACCCUUAAGUGUGACAAGACGUUUGCUCUGUCAAGUCGCUUCCCUUCUGAAAAAAAACAAUAAAACCUUUACAGAAAUUCCUAAUGGUUUCCAUUAAAAUACCAAAAGGAACCAUUAGCUUUUACCAUUAAAACCACUACAAAAUAUCUUCCUUUUAGCUAAUUAAUCGUCUAGACCGAACAUUAUUUUAUUUCUCGCUGCGAUAUUGUAGUCCAAGCCAGGGGCGUAGCCAGUAAUGGGCCAGGGCGGCACUGGCCCGCCCACAUAACUCCCUGGCCCGCCCAGGCAAGUUUAACCAAAAUACAUUUUUAGUUUAUUUUUUAUUAUUCAAAUGUAUUUAAUAAAAUAUAUUAACAUAAACCGGCUUUAUUAUUGACUGGUGUGUGUUUAAUUUGCUUUCUAAAUAAAAUGGAAUUGUUGAAGCAAGUUGUAGGAAGCUUCCGAAACGUAAUUGGUUGCUUGGUUGCUAGGAGUUCUGAUAGAUAGACUCUGUGGGAGGCGGCGGCCGGCGGGCUCUGGCAGUCUGCCAGCUAACUUUGCUAACUGCUUUUUUAGCUAAUAUUAACAUUGCCACAAUAAUGGCUAAAGUUUCUUUAAUGUGUUAUUUAAAAAAGCAAGAUUUGAUGAAGAAGAUACGCCACUGCCUCCAUCUACCGAGUCUUACCAGCCCAGUUCUUCAGACGCUGGUGGCGCCGGCUGCCGCUUGCUCUCUGGCGGCAGUUCCAGUGCUCUCUCCCGGUCAGUCUGACACAGGUUACCCGCCGAUCUAACUGCAAUUGAUGAACCACCUUCACAACCCAAUUAGCAUCCAUGAGUUACUACCCGCCUCAACAACCUUUUGUUUUUUAAAAAAGAACUCUGUGACUCUUUGGACUAUAAUGAGAUCAUUUCUGUUUUCAACAUCAAACCCAGGCGUUUGCGUCUUUUGUAGAAUUAAAACAACAAAGGUAGGCAUGCUGUUUAACUAAUUUCCUUAUUUUUGCUCGUGAAGUGAUUUAACAAAGUGGUGUGUUGUGUAUAGAUGUAUGCCAGCCUUAUAGGUUAAACUUACAUUGUUUAAUUUAAAUGAGUUGCUAUUUUUGGCACAAAAGCUUAAUUUCCAACAGGCUUAUUGCACUGUAUAUGGUUGAUUUAACAUAACUUAGGCAGUGUGUUGUUAUUUAUUUCAAACCGUGCUCUGCGAAGAGUUUUCGUCAUUUCAAUUUAUUUUUAGCCUACUUUAUUUCAGGUGAACUGUUUUU